GCACCUAUAAAAUCCCUUUUACGCAUCGACCCGCUUCAACCGCGGUCUCGGCGUCUACAACUACACAGUUUGAAGAGAAGCAUAGCUCAGCAGAACGCCGGUCCACAAAAAUGGAACAGAGCUUUAUCAUGAUUAAGCCUGAUGGAGUUCAGAGAGGCCUGGUUGGAGAGAUUAUCAGUAGGUUUGAGAAGAAGGGCUUUUCUCUAAGAGGUUUGAAGCUCAUGUCUGUGGAUCGUGCUUUUGCUGAGAAUCAUUACUCUGAUCUUGCUGGAAAGCCCUUUUUCAAUGGAUUGAUUGAGUACAUAAUUUCUGGCCCCGUCGUUGCAAUGAUCUGGGAGGGGAAAAAUGUUGUAGCAACUGGUAGGAAGAUCAUCGGAGCCACGAAGCCAGCAGAUUCUGAUGUGGGAACCAUCCGUGGUGACUUUGCAAUUGAUGUUGGCAGGAACAUCAUUCAUGGAAGUGACUCGGUGGAGAGUGCAAGGAAGGAAAUUGCUCUGUGGUUCCCGGAAGGUCCUGUUUACUGGCAGAGCAGCCUUCAUUCCUGGAUCUACGAGUGAGAAAAUCAAUCCUGUGGAUCAUCCCAUUCCGUGCGGCCGGCCGUUUAUUUUGUUUUUUCACCUUUUUUUAAUUGAUAACCAAGCUUUUGGUUGAGACGUUUCCCUGUUUAAUCAAUAGCUGGCUAAAAGCAUUACGUUAUGGUGUUAUUUUAGCUCUUGUUUGCCAUCUUAUUGAUGCUAUCAGCUACUGUUAAUGUUGAUGGGAUGAUUCUUACUAAUGAAAAUUUGUGAUGAAUUGAAGUU